GCCAUGGCCUUGUGUGAUUACAGCCUUCUCUGUAAUUUCCCAAAGUGUCGAACCAAGUUGAGUGGUUUUGCUUGGGCGACAGCCUGCUCUCACAUUUUCUGUGAUCAGCACGGUUCUGGUGAGUUCAGCCGGACGCCCGCGAUCUGCCCUGCAUGUUCAUCUGCGUUGUCGGGAAAACUGGACAUUGUGCGCACAGAGCUUGCGCCGUCAGAGCAGUACAAGGCAAUGGUUUUAGUAGGAUUACGCCCUGAGACCAUUCUGGACAUCAGUCAUCGAGCACUAGCGUUCUGGACAUACCAGGUAAACCAAGAAAGGCUAUUUUUGGAGUACAGUCUGUCCCGGGCUGAGAUAAAAAAUUCCCAGAUGGAGAAGGUGAUGACACAUCAGAACCAAACCAGAGAUCUUGAGCUGAAUGCUAUGAGAGAGGAGAUCACAUCACUAAAUAAGAGGUUGGAAGAGUACAAGCAAAAGUACAGUGAAGUUUCACAACUUCUGAUUAAAAAAAACAAGAUGUAUCAAAGCCUUCAGGGUCUGUUUGAUACACAGAGAUUCCGGAUGAUGAGGGUUGGUAACAAAGAUGCAGUCCAGCAUGCCCCCCAGGGUUUCACGACAGGGCUGGUUAGCCAGUGUCUUCCCCAUAACAGCCCUCCAUUCCUGGCUAUGGGACCAGAGGGUGACAGCCUCUUCUCUUCGGUAGAAUCAGAGAGCUUCAGGAACUUUUUCCAGUUCAGCUCUCCACCUAGAGAGAAAAGUCAUUUGUUCUUCAAGAAAAACUAA